AUGGUAGACAAUUCUCAAACCUCUUCAGCCAUCGCUCCCGCACAUGAGCAGCUGAAUAGCCCUUAUUUUAUGCAUCCUUCUGAUAACCCUGGAUCUAAUCUUGUCGGCAUGGUCCUCACGGGUGAUAAUUACAACAAUUGGUCUCGUGCCAUGGAGAUUGCUCUUUCCGCCAAGAAUAAGAUGGUAUUUGUUAUCGGAGAAAUUAAAAAACAAGCCGCAGCCGAUCCUACCUAUGCGUCAUGGAUUCGUGUUAACAAUAUGAUUCUAUCCUGGAUUCUUAAUUCCAUCCAUCCAGAUUUGGUGCCAACGAUUCUCUACACAGAGUCAGUUGCGGAUGUCUGGGCCGAUCUCCGCGAACGUUUUUCGCCAUCGAACGGUCCUAGGGUUUUUCAUCUUGGGCAAAAGAUAUGCACCCUUGCACAACAUGACGAUGCCGUGACCAAGUACUACAACAACUUGCGAAGUUGCUGGGAUGAAUUGAAUAAUUUGGAUCCGUUACCGCAAUGCUCUUGUUCAGCUCAUUCUAUCAUUACCAAACAACAAGAGAAUCGGCGAUUGUUUCAAUUUAUCAUGGGUCUCAAUCUGAGGUACGCUAAUGUUAUUAGUAAGAUAUUGCUAAUGGAUCCAUUACCUAGUGUUGCACGCGCAUAUGCACUAGUUCUUCAGGAUGAGUCGCACCGCCAUAUCCAAUUGGAUCGCCCAUCGUCCGAUCAGACCAACACUUUGCUUAGCACUCACGGCAACCAUACUCUGCGGCCAUACGCGGAUUCCUUAUCCCACGGACAGCCCGGCUCUCUUGGCGCUCCCGUUUCGUCCGCCAACCUGGCUAAACGGACGAACACGUCCCGCGGUUGA